AUCAAGAUUCAAUUUCAAGAACAUUAAAAAUGCUCCCUUUACUCAUCUCUUACACCUAUCUGCUCAUAUCCACCAAUAUCUACAUUGUCGAUGCCGCAACCGGCAAGAGCAUUUUCAUCUUAGCCGGCCAGAGCAACAUGUCUGGCCGCGGUGGAGUGGUGAAUCUCACGUGGGACGGCUACGUCCCACGUGAGUCUUCCCCUAAUCCCUCCAUCCUCCGCCUCUCAGCUAACCUUAGCUGGGAGCUCGCGGUAGAGCCACUCCACUGCGACAUUGAUGUUGCAAAAGUAUGUGGUGUCGGUCCAGGAAUGGCGUUUGCGAAUUCUUUGUUGAGGAAAGAUCCGAGGUUUGGGGUGGUGGGGUUGGUUCCUUGUGCAAUUGGUGGGACUAAUAUUAGCGAGUGGGCUCGCGGUGGCGGUCUUUACAACCAGAUGAUGCGGCGGACGAAGGCGGCAGUGUGCGGCGGAGGGGUCAUCCGUGGGUUGCUGUGGUAUCAAGGGGAAAGUGAUACGUUGACUCUUAAAGAUGCUGAGGCAUACAAGAAAAGGUUGCAUAGGUUUUUUGAAGAUGUUCGUGUUGACUUACGUUUGCCUCUUCUUCCUAUAGUUCAGGUGGCACUGGCGUCUAUAUCAGGAAAUUACACAAACAUGAUGAGAGAAGCCCAAUUAAGAUUGAAGCUUGUAAAUUUAAGGACUGUUGAUGCAAUGGGCCUAAGCAUGCAGGAACCAGAAAGGUUGCACCUCACCACACCAGCACAAGUGUCUCUUGGCAAGAUGUUAACCAAUGCCUUCCUUCAAAUUGUUGACCCCAAUCAUGAAGCUAUUGUUUAACAAAAAGAAUUGAGAAAUAGUUCCAUAUGGAUUUUCUCAUCUAUCGUCAUCUUGCUGAAUAAAUAAAAAUAGUAAAACCAUGAAUUGUAAAGAUCUAAUAUAUGAUAAUGGACAAGGUUUUGUUAUUGUGAUAUGAUGAAUUAUCUUUUUA